UCUCCCUCUCCGCUUCGCUGCAGAAUAGAUAGACGUCCCCGUUUUUAAGGCAUUACGGGAAAACAAGGCCCGACAAGGAGGCCUUGGUCGAGAGUUCCCGGCGCAGGAUACCGCUAUAAUGGGCUUUUUCUACGCAAGUGGACUUUACGACAGUUUUCCUGCUUGCGCAUUUUGAUAGAAAAACAACACGUUUGACGCCCGCUAGCUAAACAGUCGCCGCUGUCCUAUGGUGUUGGCGCUGCUGAACUGAGACGCUUCUAAGGGGGGACAUACGCCACAAUUCACCGGGAGGUUGCCCGAAAACUGCAAACAUGUCCGGGGCUUCGGUAAAAGUCGCCGUCCGAGUUCGACCCUUCAACUCCAGGGAGACGAGCAAGGAUUCAAAAUGUAUCAUUCAGAUGCAAGGCAACACUACGACUAUUCUCAAUCCCAAAGCCCCAAAGGAACCAGCAAAGACCUUCAGUUUUGAUUAUUCCUACUGGUCCCACACAACGCCGGAAGACCCCUGCUUUGCCGCACAGAACCAAGUGUACAAUGACAUUGGCAAGGAAAUGCUGCAGCACGCCUUUGAAGGUUACAAUGUGUGCAUCUUUGCGUAUGGCCAGACUGGAGCUGGUAAAUCCUACACCAUGAUGGGAAAGCAGGAGGAGGGACAGGAAGGAAUCAUUCCCAUGCUUUGUGAAGAUCUCUUUGAGAAAAUCAAUGAAGACAACAACAAAGAGAAGCUCUCCUACUCUGUUGAGGUUAGUUACAUGGAGAUCUACUGUGAGCGGGUGCGUGAUCUCCUCAACCCCAAGAACAAAGGGAAUCUACGGGUGAGAGAACAUCCUCUUUUAGGCCCCUAUGUGGAGGACCUCUCGAAACUGGCCGUGACCUCCUACACUGACAUCGCUGACCUCAUGGAUGCGGGCAAUAAGGCAAGAACUGUGGCAGCCACCAACAUGAAUGAGACCAGCAGCAGGUCCCAUGCAGUUUUCACUAUUGUCUUUACUCAGAAGAAACACGACAGCGAGACAGACCUUUCCACUGAAAAGGUCAGUAAAAUUAGUCUAGUGGACUUGGCAGGGAGCGAACGAGCAGAUUCCACCGGCGCUACAGGUACCAGGCUAAAGGAAGGCGCAAACAUCAACAAAUCCCUAACCACUUUAGGAAAGGUCAUCUCUGCCCUGGCUGAAGUGGAUAACAGUACCAGCAAGAGCAAGAAGAAGAAGAAGACUGAUUUCAUCCCAUACAGAGACUCUGUCUUGACAUGGCUGCUAAGGGAGAACCUUGGUGGAAACUCCAGAACCGCAAUGGUAGCUGCGCUUAGUCCUGCUGAUAUCAAUUAUGAUGAAACUCUUAGCACACUGCGGUAUGCUGAUCGCGCAAAGAACAUUAAAUGCAAUGCUGUCAUCAAUGAAGAUCCAAACAAUAAACUGGUGCGGGACCUUAAGGAUGAAGUGGCUCGACUGAAGGAGCUGCUGCGUGCACAAGGACUGGGAGACAUCUUGGAUAUUGAUCCUGUGGGGAAUGAUUGCCCAGGAAGUGAAAUCAAAUGUGACAGUUCUCAAAGCAUUACAAUGCCACUGCUCAGUUGUCAAACAGAGGUUCAGAGCUACAGACCAAAAGACCUCAAAGACAUUCACAACAAUAAGAAUAGAUACUUGAUAGCCUCAGAGAACCAACGCCCUGGCCAUUUCUCCACAGCCCCUAUCGGUUCCUUGACAGCUUCACCGUCCUCUGGCUCACUGUGCAACCAGGGGGCUCUGCAGUCGGUCACCAGCAUCCAAGAGCGUAUCAUGUCCACUCCCGGUGGAGAGGAAGCUAUUGAAAGACUCAAGGAGUCUGAAAAGAUAAUUGCUGAGCUCAAUGAAACCUGGGAAGAGAAGCUGCGAAAGACUGAAGCAAUACGCAUGGAGAGGGAGGCCUUGCUUGCAGAAAUGGGUGUGGCAAUACGUGAAGAUGGAGGCACUUUGGGUGUCUUCUCUCCUAAAAAGACUCCUCACCUGGUGAACUUGAAUGAGGAUCCUCUCAUGUCAGAGUGUCUGCUCUACUACAUCAAAGAUGGAGUUACAAGGGUGGGACAGGCUGACACCGAAAGACGACAGGAUAUAGUUUUAAGUGGCGCUCACAUCAGGGAGGAGCACUGCAUUUUCCACAGCGAGAGAAAUGCCAAUGGGGAUGUUAUAGUCAUGCUUGUGCCCUGUGAGAGAUCAGAGACUUACGUCAACGGCAAGCGUGUUGAAGAUGCGAUCCAACUGCGCUCAGGAAACCGUAUCAUUAUGGGAAAGAACCACGUGUUUCGCUUCAACCACCCCGAGCAAGCCAGGGCGGAGAGGGAGAAAACACCAACGGCUGAGACCCCUGUGGAACCAGUGGACUGGACCUUUGCUCAGAGAGAGCUUUUGGAGAAACAGGGAAUUGACAUGAAGCAAGAAAUGGAAAAAAGGCUCACUGAGAUGGAAAUCCUAUACAAAAAGGAGAAAGAGGAAGCAGACCAACUUCUGGAGCAGCAGAGAUUGGUAUAUGAGAGUAAACUGCAAGAACUUCAAAAACAGGUUGAGACUCGUUCCCUGGUUGCCGAAACACCUGAUGAGGAAGAACUCGAGGAGCAGGAGGAAGAAGAAGUGCCGUGGACUCAGCACGAGUUCGAGCUGGCUCAGUGGGCCUUCAGGAAGUGGAGGUUCCACCAGUUUACGUCACUCCGGGACCAACUUUGGGGGAACGCCGUCUAUCUGAAGGAAGCCAACGCCAUCAGUGUAGAAUUAAAGAAAAAAGUCCAGUUCCAGUUUGUCUUGUUGACAGACACAUUGUACUCUCCGCUGCCUCCUGAGCUGCUACCCUCGGAACCUGGGAAGGAACGUGACUCCAGGACUUUCCCUCGCACGGUGGUGGCUGUUGAAGUUCAGGACCUGAAGAAUGGAGCAACACACUACUGGUCCCUUGAUAAACUCAAGCAGCGCCUCGACCAAAUGAGGGAGAUGUAUGACCGUGCAGGAGAAAUGGCUUCCACGCAUCAGGAGGAGUGUGGUGAAGGCACUUUGACUGGAAAUGACCCUUUCUAUGACCGCUUCCAUUGGUUUAAGCUUGUGGGGAGCUCCCCCAUCUUCAACGGUUGCGUUAAUGAGCACCUGGCCGACCGCACGCCCUCGCCUACCUUCUCCACCACCGACUCGGAGAUAACCGAACUGGCCGACGAACGCCAGAGCGAGAUGUCUGACCUGAUUGACGACGAGGCGUUCGUGGACGACACCAGCUCAGACGCCGGCACGGAGGAGGGAUCUGACAUCUUCAGUGACGGCCAGGACCCGUUCUAUGACCGCUCCCCCUGGUUCAUCCUGGUGGGAAGAGCUUUCGUGUACCUGAGCAACCUGCUUUACCCCGUGCCGCUGGUGCACCGUGUUGCCAUAGUAACAGAGAAAGGUGACGUGCGAGGAUUCCUGCGUGUGGGGGUUCAGGCUAUAGCUGCUGACGAGGAGGCCCCAGACUACGGGUCUGGAGUGAGACAGUCUGGUACUGCCAAGAUCUCCUUUGAUGAUGAAUACUUCACAAAAAAUGAUUACCAAUCCCCAGUUAUGACUCACUCUGGAUUAUCCCUGGAAGAACUGCGCAUUGUGGAGGGCCAGGGUCAGAGUUCGGAGAUCAACACCCCCUCAGAAGAGCUCAACAGAAUCAAUGACAUGGAGCUCAAGCUGGAUAACAUUCCGGAGACCAAGAUGUCUUGUGAUGACGGUCUACCCGGCCAGUUGGAAAUAGGCAGCACUUUCACCUUCCGUGUGACUGUGCUCCAGACCACCGCCAUCCCUCCAGAGUACGCUGACAUCUUCUGCCAGUUCAAUUUCCUGCAUCGUCACGAUGAAGCUUUUUCCACUGAGCCUUUGAAAAACACCGGCAAAGGCACUCCUCUGGGAUUUUACCAUGUCCAAAAUAUUUCAGUGGAGGUGACUGAGUCUUUCAUUGAGUACAUCAAGACCAAGCCUAUUGUGUUUGAGGUGUUUGGCCAUUACCAACAGCACCCACUACAUCAACAUGGCCAGGACUUCAUCAGUCCUCCAACACCUUCCAGGAAAUACUAUCCAAUUCCAAUGCCGCUGUCUAAACCUGACCAUACUCGUAAGAUAGAGUUGGUCCGCUACCUGAUGAGCGGCUAUAUGAAUGGCAAAGUGCUGGACACGCUGUCUGAGCACGCCAAUGCCCUUGCCUCAUCUGCUGUGGCCAGCCUGGAUGAUGAGGCUGACCAGCUGUCGCACUUCCCCUUCCUCCCGGUGCCCGAUGACCCCGUGUUCAUUGUGCCCAGGCACCAUGUUCCAGCCACCAAGUUGAACACAAUCACAAAGUCCAACUUGGGCCAAUGUGUCAGCAAAUACGACCUACUCGUCUGGUUUGAGAUCAGCGAACUGGAACCUACUGGAGAGUAUAUUCCAGCCAUAGUAGAUCACAGUGGAGGCCUGCCUUGCCAUGGCACUUACCUGCUGCACCAGGGGAUCCAGCGGAGGAUCACUGUGACGCUCAUCCACGAGAAGGGUAGUGAACUACACUGGAAGGAUGUUCGCGAGCUGGUCGUGGGUCGUAUAAGGAACAAGGCUGAAGUAGACGACGGCGCUGCUGAUGCCAUCCUGUCUCUCAACAUCAUCUCUGCCAAAAACAUCAAAUCAUCCCACAACUCCAACAGGCUUUCUAUUGAUAAAGAUAUUGAUAGGACCUUCUACCGCUUCGAGGCAGUGUGGGACAGCUCCCUGCACAACUCCCUCCUGCUAAACCGAGUCACUCCUUAUGGAGAGAAGAUCUACAUGACGCUGUCUGCUUAUCUGGAGCUGGAUCAUUGCAUUCAGCCUGCCAUUAUCACCAAAGACAUCUGCAUGGUCUUCUACUCCCGGGACGCAAAGAUCUCCCCUCCCCGUUCCCUCAGGAACCUCUUCGGUAGUGGAUAUUCUAAAACGCCGGACUGUAACCGAGUCACCGGAAUCUAUGAGCUGAGUUUGUGCAAGAUGUCUGACUCUGGAAGUCCAGGCAUGCAACGCAGGAGGAGGAAGGUCUUGGACACAUCUGUGGCGUAUGUGCGUGGUGAAGAGAAUCUGGCAGGUUGGAGGCCCAGAGGAGACAGCCUUAUCGUGGAACACCAAUGGGAGCUGGAAAAAAUGGAGCAGCUUCAGGAGGUGGAGAAGACUCGCCACCUCCUCCUGCUAAGAGACAAGCUGGGAGAAACCGCUCAUAUGGGAACGGCUCCGACCACAAAGUCACUGAGCGAGUUGUUGUCUCCAAGCAUGAGCUCGGGCACCUUGUCCACCUCCACCUCCAUCUCCUCGCAGAUCUCCAGCACUACCUUCGAAAGCGCCAUCACGCCCAGUGAGAGCAGCGGCUAUGACUCUGCUGACAUUGAGAGCCUAGUCGAUCGUGAGAAGGAGCUGGCCACUAAGUGCCUCCGCCUCCUGACUCACACCUUCAACAGCGAGUACAACCAGUUGGUGAACAGCAUCAGCGACUGCAAGCUCUCCGACAUCUCUCCGAUCGGACGUGACCUGUCGGUGACCAGCUUCAGCAGCGCCACCCUCACACCUUCCUCCACCUGCCCAUCUCUGUCAGACUCCCGCUGUGGCUCUGUAGAACAGAAGACACCAGAGAACUGCUCCCGUGCGUCCAGCCCUUCCUGCUCGGAUUAUGAAAACUUCCCGAUGGUGCCCACACUGGAGGCGUCCUACCUUGCCCGUGCUGGGAAGAACGAAUUCCUCAACUUGGUGCCUGAUAUUGAAGAAAUGAGGCCAGGAUCUGUCGUGUCCAAGAAGGGUUUCCUGAGCUUCAUGGAGCCAAGGUCCAACUCGUGGGUGAAACACUUUGUGGUCGUGCGGCGGCCUUAUGUCUUCAUCUACAACAGCGACAAGGACCCAGUGGAGCGAGGUGUCCUUAACCUUUCCACAGCGCAGGUGGAAUACAGUGAAGACCAGCAAGCCAUGCUCAAGACACCCAACACGUUUGCUGUGUGCACGAAGCACAGAGGGAUCCUCCUGCAGGCCAACAACGAGAAAGACAUGAACGACUGGCUGUACGCUUUUAACCCUCUGCUUGCGGGAACCAUCAGGUCCAAGCUGGCAAGGAGGCGUAGUGGUCUCAUCAAGAACUGAAGAGGACACCGCCAGCUUCGAUAUUUCUAAAAAAAAAACAAAAAAACAAAAAAAGGAAAAAAAACCGCCUUUGAACAAACCAAGUGUUAACACCUAAUAAUCAUUGUGAUUCUUGGCAGUUUUCUCUUGUAAGUAGACUUGUGGCUUUAAAGUCUCCUUUCCUGCGACUAAACGUUUGACAAAAGACCUCCUCACACCUUCCGACAAGCCGAUUUAGCGCUCCUCCCCUCCCCCUGUAUCGAUCCUCUGUCUUUUGCUUUCUUCACAACAACAUUUUGUUCUGCUUUGCUGUCUUUCACCCAUGCGUCGCUUAACUAGUAGCAUGUUGUAAUAGUGUACUUGUGUGCACGAUUCUGCAGAUAAUGUUUGUCGGGCCACUCAUUUUCCGUUUGCCAAUCAUGUGUAAUAACGUCCCAUCAGUGUUAUUUGUCUCCCUUUUUUUGUUUUGUUUGUUGAAAUAAUUGCCGCAUGAUAAGAGCAGCCGUCCUCAGGAGAACACACAGUUUGCUUACUGAUAACAAGUCAUGAAGGGAACAUAUAUGAUAUUUAAUCGCUCCAAGGAAUGCUCCUGCAAAAUCUUGUCGGAACAAUUGCUGCUAAAGUGAAUAAGAUUUGCUUCAGGUUACUGCCUCUUUCUAACAUAAACACUUAGGCCCCUCCUCCUGUAACUAUCUCCAUUAUAAUAGAUAACAUUCAUAACAAACACGGUGUUGAGGUUCACAUCUCAGAGAGAGCCACAAUGUGUAAAUAACCAGCUCUCUCUCUGAGUGAUAACUAACAAUCAUGCAUGGAUAAAAGUGUCAACAAAGAAUAUGGUUUGAUGAAGGAAGAGGAUCUUAUAUCAUGUGCGCACAUUGAUAACUGGUCUGAGGUCAGUGAGCGUUUUGGGCUCAGCCUGCUUUUUAUGUUUGUUUGUUUUUUUUAGGUUGCAUCCAUUUAAUGUCACUGUGUCGACGCCACAUGUUAUAUCUAUUCUUCUCACUAUUAUGUUGCUAUUACACGUUUCAUAAUUGAACAGGGAAGUUUUAUUGCAAUAUUUGAGUUUUUAACCUAAUUUUGCACAUGUGAACACAAUAUAGCAAGACUGGGACCGAUCUUUUUAUUUUUAUAAAAGCACAUAUCAAAGCUACACUGGAUGGUUGUUACUCAAAAAUGUUGAAAGAAGAGAUACUAAGGGACACAAUAUACACAGUUUCUUUAUCCAGGCUAUGGUAGUAUAAAAAUAAUUACAAUUAAUUAGUUCUGUGCAACAUAUGCACUUUUGGCGCCCUCUUUUCUUUGUGAAGGGUGCAGAUGGGCGUUAUUUAACUCUGGCCAACCAACCAGUAGUUGCCUGCUGCACAAUGAAUACAUUUGUGUGAAAUGAAGGUCCACAAAGGGACUAAAAUGUGUCGACUUUUCUCAAAAGUAAUCAUUUGUCCCCAGGUCAGCCAACCUGCUGGGUAUGAAAUGUGAUCACUUAGGAGAACAGCUUUUUCUUGCCAGGGCAGGUUUUUUUUCCCAUGAGUGGAUAAUUUGUAGAGUUCUUGUGUAUUUAUUGUUUGCAAUGUACAUAUUAGUUUGCAGAUCUUUGCACAUAUUAAUAAUAAAAAAUAAGGUUCAACUAACUUAUAUUUAAAAAAUCUGUGGUUUAGUUGCUCUUUAACCAAAUGAUGGCGUGGCAGUCGAAUGUAUUGUGAAGAUGUGCGUAAAAAACAAGCUAAAAGGGGGUAAAAAAGAAGAAAAAUGGAGCCUGUUUUUCCUUGUUGGAGACACUGGGUCGUAUGAUUGCUUCCCUUUUUCAUUAGAAAAGGGAAUAAAGCAAACGUCUGCCUGGGUUUGCAAAUACAUUUACUCACUACUCAUGCUAGCCAGCCAUAAGGUCUUUAUUUGUCUUAUAUCAGGGAAUAUAAUAAUAGGUAGCUAGUGAUAUGAAGAUGACUAACUAUUGUUUGUGCUUCAUCACUUCGACACAUUUCCGUUGAUGCCUUUUUAAACCGAACAAGCUUCCCCUCUUGGCAAUUAUUAUUAUCCCUAUGGAUCACUAAAAGUAAAAAAAAAAAAAAGGCAACCAUUAACACUGUACAUUGUUUUUUUUUUGUUUUCAUACUUAUUUUGUAAAUAUAUGUGUUGUACUGAGCUUGAAUUUAAAAAAAAUGUAAAUAUGUUGACUGUAUUUGUAAUAAUUAUAAUCCAUUCGCUGUAUAGCAUAUAGAUGUGUCAUGCAGAUAUACUAAUAAUUAUAAUCUGUGUACGGUAACCCUGCACCAUUGGUCUGUUUAGUGAAUGAGGAAACAAUAAAAGUGCAAAUUAGCAGAA